GCGGCGGUUGCCAGGCGACGGGGCGCUUCCCUGGUUACGGUGGAUCCGGGGGGGGGAGGGACAGGAGAGCCGGGCAGGCAGCGAGAGCGGGAGGAUGAAGGAGAAGCGGUGCCUGUGCGAGAUUUGUACCUGCGGAAAAUUAAGGAUGGAAUUAGGGAGAACUAGAGCAACUCUGGAAGAGAAUGUUUAGUCUUUGUUAGGAAGUCCAUCCACUGACGGAAACAGGAAAGAUUAAUCAAAUGGAACACUACAGAACAGUUGACAAGAAACUGUCCCAGGAAUAAGCAAGAAAGUCCCAGGAGCUCUUCAUUCAGCAGACAGAGGCUUGCAGUAGUGUGAAAGGAUGAAAGAGGAAGACAAGGAGGAGGAUGACAUGCUGACUUACCUUUGAUGUUACAGUCCAACACAACAUCAAACUGAUCAUCUAGCAGCACCAGAGGCAAAUGCAGGCAGGAAAGAAGGUUACAUUUCUUCUGACUGUGCAGGCGCCAUCAUUGCCCUCAUAAAUCCACAAGGAUUUAUGAUACUGGAGGACAACCUUGCCUCAUGACGGAAUACAAUGACAAAUAUCUCCAGUAUGGCAAUGUCCCUCCACCCCAGAGUCUUAAGCCAAAGGAGGAGUACCAAGUACAUCAUGGAAGAAUGGAAGGAAUCACUACAUUUAAGUCUGAUUAUCUUCCAUACGAUGUUGUAAAUCGACCUCUUCGGGUACAAGAAGAGUAUAAACCAAGACCAGGAGAGAUUGAUCUUGGAACUACAUACAGAAGAGAUUAUAAUCCUCAUAAAAUACAACCAGUGACAUUAGUAAGACCUUUAGAAAGAAAACACAUUAAGGGAGGAAAAAUAGACACCAUACCAACCUAUCAAGAUGACUAUAGAUCAUGGGAAGUUCAAAGAAGGGAGCCAAAUAAAUUGGAACACACCUAUCAUCCCCCUACAGAAAAGUUUGGGAAUUCUACUACAUUUCAAGAUGACUUUGUUCCUAGGGAACUGAACCCCAGACAAAGCUUUAAGCCUCCAGGUGUGGCCAAACUUUCAGAUGUACCUUUUGAUGGUGUUACUAAUCAUCGCACUUCUUACAUCGCUCAUCAACUGGAACCAAAAUUUGUAAGACCAAAGGAAGAAUACAAGCCAAGCAGCCAACCCUUUGAAGAUCUCACAACCCACCGGAAUGAUUUUAAAGGGCUACUUGGAGAGUUUACAAAAAGCUGCAAGCCUGAAUAUACUAAAGUUGGGUCUAAUGCUCACUUUGAUGGAUGCAGUGAAUUCCGGGAUCGUUUUCAACCAUGGUCAGUCUCCUUGCCUGAGGCUCGCAAGAUAAGAGAUUAUGUUCCUCCUACAGGUAAUAUGGAUUUACACUCCACAAGCCAUCUUGAUUAUGUUCCGCACAUGAUCUGUCCUGCUGCCCCCAUAAGACCAGUUUCUUAUGGAAGAAGAAGUAAUGUCCCUUUCCAGGGGAACACCACAAUGAAGGAAGACUUUCAAGCUUGGGCCAGCUGUCGGCAAGAAAUUAUUAGAAGACAUCAGGAAAUUCCAAAGCCUACUGGAAAAUUUGAUGGAUUGACAACAUUCAAGUCUCACUAUAUACCACAUGAGAUAAUUCCAGUUCAGAGUUUCAAACCUCUACGUGUUGUAGUCCCUAGUUCAGCUCGUUUUGAAGAUGGAACCAUGUAUCGUACAGAGUAUACGCCAAAGAAACAAGAGAUCUGCCCAGCAAACUAUCCAUCUCCUCCAGGAUACGUCUUUGUAAACACAGAUUCUCGUGGUCACAAGUUCUUCCGCAGAGUUACUCCAGAAAUCAAUACAUUUUCCCAGUCAAAUGGUAAUCAUAUUCCAAAAGAAGUAGCUGUUACUUCAUAACUUUUAACUUUAGUA